AGGCUGAGUUUCAUAGCCCGUGUGACCAGUGUGUGACCAGAAAGGUGCGUGGGGAAGAGAAGACCAAGGGACACUGCUAGCGGCUGUCCAGAGGGGCUCCCUGUGUCUCUACAAGCAAGCAAUCCCAGGGGGCAUGGUGCGGCUGUGAGCCGGGUCAUGACGUCACUGCUGGGCUUGGCUGUGCGGUUGCUGCUCUUCCAGCCCACACUGAUGUUCUGGGCCUCGCAGGUGAGGCAGAACUGCAACAAUGGCAGCUACGAGAUCAGUGUCCUGAUGAUGGACAACUCAGCCUACAAAGAACCUAUGCAGAACUUGAGGGAGGCUGUGGAGGAAGGACUGGACAUCGUGCGAAAGCGCCUGCGUGAAGCUGAACUAAACGUGACUGUGAAUGCGACUUUCAUCUACUCCGACGGUCUGAUUCAUAAGUCGGGGGACUGCCGGAGCAGCACCUGCGAAGGCCUUGAUCUACUCAGGGAAAUUACAAGAGAUCAUCAGAUGGGCUGUGCCCUCAUGGGGCCCUCGUGCACGUAUUCCACCUUCCAGAUGUACCUUGACACAGAGUUGAACUAUCCCAUGAUUUCCGCUGGAAGUUUUGGAUUGUCCUGUGACUAUAAGGAGACGCUCACCAGGAUCCUGCCUCCAGCCAGGAAGCUGAUGUACUUCUUGGUCGACUUCUGGAAAGUCAACGAUGCAUCUUUCAAAACCUUUUCCUGGAACUCUUCAUAUGUUUACAAGAAUGGAUCGGAGCCUGAGGAUUGUUUCUGGUACCUCAACGCUCUGGAGGCUGGAGUGUCCUAUUUUUCAGAGGUGCUCAGCUUCAAGGAUGUAUUGAGACGCAGCGAACAGUUCCAGGAAAUCUUAAAGGGUCAUAACAGGAAGAGCAAUGUGAUUGUUAUGUGUGGCACGCCAGAAACCUUCUAUGAUGUGAAAGGUGACCUCAGAGUGGCUGACGACACUGUUGUCAUCCUGGUGGAUCUGUUCAGUAACCAUUACUUUGAGGAUGACACCAUAGCCCCUGAGUACAUGGACAAUGUCCUCGUCCUCACGCUGCCUCCUGAGAAGUCCAUCUCAAACGCCUCUGUCGCUGAGAGGUUUGCACCGGGGAGAAGUGACUUUUCUCUCGCUUACUUGGAGGGAACCUUGCUGUUUGGACACGUGCUGCAGACGUUUCUUGAAAACGGAGAAUCUGUCACCGAUCGCAAGUUUGCUCGUGCAUUCAGGAAUCUCACUUUUCAAGGCUUUGCGGGGCCUGUGACUCUGGAUGACAGUGGGGACAUUGACAACAUCAUGUGUCUUCUGUAUGUGUCUCUGGAUACCAGGAAAUACAAGGUUCUUAUGGCGUAUGACACCCACGAAAACAAAACGAUUCCAGUGGCUACGAACCCCAAUUUCAUCUGGCAGAACCACAAGCUCCCUAAUGACAUUCCUGGGCUGGGCCCUCAGAUCCUGAUGAUCGCCAUCUUCACGCUCACAGGGAUCGUGGUUGUUCUGCUGCUGAUCGCCCUCCUCAUGCUGAGAAAAUACAGAAGAGAUCAUGCACUCCGACAGAAGAAAUGGUCCCACAUUCCCCCCGAAAAUAUCUUUCCUCUGGAGACCAACGAGACCAACCACAUCAGCCUGAAGAUUGACGAUGACAGGAGACGAGAUACAAUCCAGAGAGUGCGACAGUGCAAAUAUGACAAGAAGAAGGUGAUUUUGAAAGACCUCAAGCACAGUGAUGGUAACUUCAGUGAGAAACAGAAGAUAGAUCUGAACAAGUUGCUGCAGUCUGACUACUACAACCUGACCAAGUUCUAUGGCACUGUGAAGCUAGACACCAGGAUCUUCGGGGUGGUGGAAUACUGCGAGAGGGGAUCCCUCCGGGAAGUGUUAAAUGACACGAUUUCCUACCCUGAUGGCACGUUCAUGGAUUGGGAGUUUAAGAUCUCUGUCUUAAAUGACAUUGCUAAGGGGAUGUCCUAUCUGCACGCCAGUAAGAUUGAAGUCCACGGGCGUCUGAAAUCCACCAACUGUGUGGUAGACAGCCGCAUGGUGGUGAAGAUCACCGAUUUUGGGUGCAAUUCCAUCCUGCCUCCAAAAAAAGACCUGUGGACCGCCCCCGAGCACCUGCGCCAAGCUACCAUCUCUCAGAAAGGAGACGUGUACAGCUUCGGCAUCAUCGCCCAGGAGAUCAUCCUUCGUAAGGAAACUUUCUACACGCUGAGCUGUCGGGAUCAGAACGAGAAGAUUUUCAGAGUGGAAAAUUCAUAUGGGACGAAACCUUUCCGCCCAGAUCUCUUCCUGGAAACUGCAGAUGAAAAGGAGCUGGAGGUCUAUCUCCUUGUCAAAAGCUGUUGGGAGGAGGAUCCAGAAAAGAGGCCAGAUUUCAAGAGAAUCGAGAGCACACUAGCCAAGAUAUUUGGCCUUUUCCAUGACCAAAAAAAUGAGUCCUACAUGGACACCUUGAUCCGACGUCUACAGCUGUACUCUCGAAACCUGGAACACCUGGUGGAGGAAAGGACCCAGCUGUACAAGGCGGAGAGGGACAGGGCUGACCACCUGAACUUUAUGCUGCUCCCACGGCUGGUGGUAAAGUCCCUGAAGGAGAAAGGCAUUGUGGAGCCAGAGCUGUACGAAGAAGUCACAAUCUACUUCAGUGACAUUGUGGGCUUCACCACCAUCUGCAAGUACAGCACACCCAUGGAGGUGGUGGACAUGCUGAAUGACAUCUACAAGAGCUUUGACCAGAUUGUGGACCACCAUGAUGUCUACAAGGUAGAAACCAUCGGCGAUGCCUACGUGGUGGCCAGCGGUCUGCCGAUGAGAAAUGGCAACCGGCAUGCAGUAGAUAUUUCCAAGAUGGCCUUGGACAUCCUGAGCUUCAUAGGGACCUAUGAGCUGGAGCAUCUCCCUGGCCUCCCCGUGUGGAUUCGCAUUGGAGUUCAUUCUGGCCCCUGUGCUGCCGGUGUGGUGGGGAUCAAGAUGCCUCGCUAUUGCCUGUUUGGAGAUACGGUCAACACUGCCUCUAGGAUGGAAUCCACCGGCCUCCCCUUGAGGAUACACAUGAGCAGCUCCACCAUAGCCAUCCUGAAGAGAACGGAUUGCCAGUUCCUGUAUGAAGUGAGGGGAGAAACGUACUUAAAGGGAAGAGGGACAGAGACCACAUACUGGCUGACUGGGAUGAAGGACCAAGAGUACAACCUGCCAACUCCACCAACAGUGGAGAACCAACAACGGCUGCAAGCUGAGUUCUCGGACAUGAUCGUUAGUGCUUUACAGAAAAGACAAGCCUCAGGCGUGAAGAGCCGGAGGCCCGCUCGGGUGGCCAGCUACAAGAAAGGCUUUUUGGAAUACAUGCAGCUGAACAACUCAGACCACGAUAGCACCUAUUUUUAGACCGAGUGAGGUCUGAGAACUGACAGUAGCAACCUCCGAUAUCCUGAAACUGCAUUUUCCAGGGACCUCAACAACACAGACAAGCGCUUAGCCUCAGUGCCCUGCCUGGAACAUAGAACCAACCCCUCAAGUUGUGUGGGUGUUCAGGUUUUGGUUUUGGUUUGGUUUGUUGGUUGUUUUAUUGAGACAGUCUCGUGUGUCCCAAAUUGGCCUCAAACUCACUGUGUAGCAGCGGAUGACCUUGGACUUCUAAGAUCGUCCAUGCAUGUUCCUGGCAGUGGGAUGAGCCUGUAUACUUCAGAGCUCUGUCCCACAGUUCUCCAUGGAGUGUCAACCUGAAUCGAGGAGGGAGGAAUGCCCUGUGCUGUUCAGAACUUGGGGUUUCGUUCUAAUUUCACUUCUGGUUUGGUUUUAUUUACUGGCUCCUUCUUUCUUUACACGUAAGAAAGAUUUUUAAAUUGUCUGACUUGUAUGUUAAGUAGCUUGUCUCUAAGAAAGUGUGUCUAACUAGUGAUUUUUGUAGAAACCAUGCUGGAUAUUAGGUAAAAAUAAAAGUGUUCAGAGUCUG